UAUAAAGCGUGUCUACAAAGGAACGAACUAGCGAAUGCCCGAAUGGCUUCGGUGCCAACUCUGCUCUAUACUCAGCAAAUUUCAUUAUUCGGCCUAAUUUCCCACCAAUUCCCUUCCUUAAUCUGCUACAGCCCCCCAUUUCAAACAUCCAACCCUCCUCAUCUUCUCCGAUUCACUUAUCCAAAUCUCAUUCUCUCCCACAAGCAAUUAGCAACACCCAAAUCCCAACAAAACAACCACUCCUCCUCCCCCAUAACCAAGACCCAAGACGACGGCAUUCCCAUUGAAGACGUCAAGAUUCUCGUCAAGUUCAAGUCCAGGCACAAUUACAUUCGCGUUCUCCAAGUUUCCAGAAAAGCUGACCACCCUUUUGCCGGCUCUAGGCUCCUGCUCCUCGAUGGCCCUGGAAACAUCCACAGCAUCUCGUUCCUAUUCAACCAAUCGCUCACCAACACUUACUUUGAUGUCUUCGCCACCUUGCCGCCGAUCUUGCCGCCCGGGCCUUUGGGAAUUCUCGGGUUCGGAGCGGGUUCGGCUGCUCGUUUGUGCCUUGAGUUGUACCCGGAAUUGGUUAUCCACGGAUGGGAGCUUGACCCGUCUGUGAUUGCUGUGGGGAGAGAGUAUUUUGGCCUGGCAAAGCUCGAGAGACAAUACAAACAAAGGCUUUUUGUCUACGUUGGUAAUGCAUUGAAAGCUACAGUUCCAAAUGGGUUUUCUGGAAUCUUUGUUGAUUUGUUUAGUAAAGGUAGUUUGAUUCCAGAACUUCAGGAUCCGAAUACUUGGCGGCUGCUGACCAAGUGUUUGAGAAAAGGCGGGAGAGUUAUGGUUAAUGUUGGGGGUAGUUGUGUGGAAGCUGAGGAUUCGCGGAGAGAUGGGAAGGUAGUCAUGGAAGAGUCUUUGAAGGCAAUGCGGCUGGUUUUCGGCGACAAGCUUUACGUUAUGAAUCUUGGGAAUCGGAAGGACGAUAGCUCCAUAGCUCUCACCGGUGAGUUGCCGGAUCUUGAUGCUUGGAAGACAUCGCUUCCUCGUUCUUUGAGGUGCUAUGUUGAUAUGUGGACAGCAUUUCAUAGUUAAUAUGGUAUGUGCUGGCACUGUUUGUGUUUGGCUUAUGGCUUUUGUGUAUGUAGACAAGCUUCACAAAGUUGCGGAAUUAAAAUAUUUAUUUAUGGCAUCUUGUUUAGCUAUU